AGCAUUUCGAACCACCCCUCAUGGGACCGAAACCAAAGGACUACAAGAAUCAGUCCAAUGGUAGUUUAAGUUCAUAGCUCUGUAAAACAGCUCCACUCGCGAAAGAAACAUGGAUUUCCUCAGAAAUGGUGUGUUGCUCUCAUUGUCCUCUCUGGUUCUUUCUCUUCUCUUGGCUCUUGUUAUCAAAAUGCUGCACAAACUAUGGUGGAUUCCAAUUCAAAUGCAAAGAAAGAUGGCUGCCCAAGGAAUCAAAGGUCCAGCUUACGGGUUCUUCCAUGGAAGCACCACAGAGAUGCUUCGAAUGAAGAGGGAAGCCACCAGCAGACCCAUGAGCCUUUCUCACGAUAUUUUCCCUUACGUCCAGCCUCACUUCCACAAGUGGGCUCAAACUUAUGGGAGAAAUUUCUUGGUGUGGCAUGGCCCUCAAGCUUUCCUAGUUGUCUCGGAUCUGGACAUGGUUAAAGAGGUACUUAAUGAUAAAGACCACACUUUUUCAAAAAUUUUCCUCCAAGACCAAGUGAAGAAGCUUGUAGGUGAUGGACUGGUGACAUCUGAAGGCGAGCAAUGGGCAAAGCACCGAAAGCUGGCGAAUUUCGCUUUUCACGGGGGAAGUCUGAAGGUACAUUUGAGACAUUAUUUGUAUGCUGGCCAUGGGAGCCUUGCUUCCAAAACAAACAUGAGUAUGGUUCCGGCAAUGGUGGACUGUGCUCAUAUUAUGAUCCAGAGAUGGCGUGAUCGAGAAUGCCUGGAAAUCGAUGUUUAUGAAGAAUUUAAACUGUGCACAUCGGAUGCAAUAUCGAAAACUGCAUUUGGGAGCAGCUACGUUGAAGGCAAAACUGUUUUUGAGAACGUGGUUAAGUUGGGAUUGACAAUGGCAAAAGCUUCUUCACAAAUAAGAUUACCUGGAGUCAGUAAGCUCUGGAAACCGACUUUUGAGAUUGAGGCAGAGAAACUUGAGAAAGGGUUACGAGAAGCUGUGUUAAAGAUUAUCAAAAGAAGACAACAGAAGAUGAAUUCCGGAGAGAUGGAGAGCUACGGGAAUGAUUUCCUAGGGUUACUUUUAACGGCUAUGCACGAUGUUGAUGAGAACAAGAAAAUCACAUUCGAUAAUGUAAUUGCUGAGUGCAAGACGUUCUAUUCUGCUGGAUUUGAAACCUUAAGCUCAUUACUCGCAUGGACAGUCUUCCUCCUAGCAAUUCACACUGAUUGGCAACAAGAAGCAAGGAAGGAGGUCCUUGAUACACUUGGAGAUCAAGAUCCCGAUUUCAAUGGAACUACAAAGCUCAAGAAGAUGGGCAUGAUCAUAAACGAAUCUCUCCGCUUAUAUCCUCCAGGAGUCGGUGUCCCUAGAAAAGUGACUAGGCAAGCAAAACUCGGUGAUCUCAUUCUUCCUGCAGGUAUAAUGGUACACAUACCAAUCCUAAAGAUUCACCACGACCCUCAAAUUUGGGGAGAUGAUGCACAUCUUUUCAAGCCAGAGAGAUUCUCAGAAGGAGUUGCUAAGGCUACAAACAACAAUCCUGCGAAAUUCCUUCCCUUUGGCCUUGGACCCAGAAAUUGUGUUGGCCUGAAUUUCGCGACAGUUGAAGCUAAAAUUGUUCUUGCUAUGAUUCUGCAGCGAUUCAGUUUCACCCUCUCCCCUGCUUAUGUCCACUCCCCUGUCGAACUUCACAAUUCUCGCCCUCAAUAUGGAGUUCAGGUUAUCCUCAAUGCAACAUAGUGUGAACUGCGAAGAUGUAUAUGUGUAAGUGGGCGAAAAAACAGGAUGCACGUGUAUGCUUUUGCUGUUUUAAGACUUAACCAGAACUGGGACCACCUGCCGAGUUAAUUGGCACAGAUAGGUGCCUUUCCUGAUUGAGAUCGUGCAAUUUGGCCUCUAUAAUGCAUUCUACUGUGAUUACAUGGGUGUUUGAUCAGAAUAUGCCACUUUUCUUUUGCCCA